GAGGAGGAGGAGGAGCGGGGAGGAAGGAAGGAAGGCAGGAAGGAAGAAGCGCCGCGGCGGAGGGGCCCGCGGGAUGGCCAUGGCCUGACCGGGCCGGGGCAGCGCUGCCCCCCGGCACAGCCCCCCCCCGGCACAGCCCCCCGCCCAUGGAGCGGUAGCGGGCGCGGGGCCCGGGGGCAGCGGCGGCGGUGGCGGCGAGCGAUGCGGGCGCCGGGACCAUGCUGAGGACCGAGGCCGGCGGGGCCGGGGGGGCCCCCUCGGCCGGGGGCGCGGCGGGGGCCGGGGGGCUGCGCAGCGCGUCCCCGCACCGGAACGCCUACGAGGCCACCAUCCAGGCCCUGGCGCCCACAAAGGAGGCCGAUGGCGAGGACGGCAAGAAGAGCCGCGGGAAGAAGUAUGGCUCCAACGUGCAUCGGAUCAAGAACAUGUUCCUGCAGAUGGGGACGGCGCCCGGCCCCGAGGGCGCCUGCGACCUGGCCAAGGCCAAGGAGAAGCCGGUGCGCCUGUCCCUGCCCCGCGCCGGCAGCCUCGGCGAUGGCGUGGACCAGGGCAGCCUCCUCAAGCUGGGCACCAGCGUCUCGGAGCGCGUCAGCCGCUUCGACUCCAAGCCCGACAAACCCUUCUCCAAGCUGCAGGAGACCCGCAAGAUCUUCGAGAGGAGCCCGCAGGAGAAGGCCACCACCACCAAGCUGCUGCUGCGCAAGGAGCGCGCCGGCUUCCAGGACCGCAAGCUGGACGUGGUGGUGAGGUUCAACGGCAGCACCGAGUCCCUGGACAAGCUGGACGCCGACGCCGUGUCGCCCACCGUGAGCCAGCUCAGCGCCGUCUUCGAGAAGGCCGACCUGAGGAACAACCUGCACAAGGCGCAGGGCCGGGCGGCCGCGCCGCUCAACGCCAAGGUGGUGGCCAAGCGGCCCAGGGUGUUCGAGGCCGCGCGCCCGGGCGAUGGCCACGCCGCCCCGGCACGUGCCCGGCCGCAGGACGAGGAGAAGGCGGCCGGGAAGAGCGGGCGGCCGGUGGAGAAGGAGGCGGCCGCGCCAAGGGUGCAGGAGGUCUGCAAGAUCAAGCCCGUGGAGGUGGAGGAGAGCGGAGAGGGCGAGGAGGAGGAGGAGGAGGCGGCGGCGGCGGUGGGUGAAGCGGUGCCCGCGCCCCAACCGGCCAAAGGGGACGAGGGUCCGGCGGCCGCAGCCCCCCGGCCGGACGGGGGCUCGGGGGCGGCCGCGGGCGAGGAGGGCGUCAAGGGCGAGCGGGCGGAGGAGGGCGAUGGCUCCGAGGAGGCCAAGAAGGAGGACUUCUCCGAGGCGGACCUGGUGGACAUAAGUGCCUACAGCGGGCUCGGGGAGGACUCGGGGGGCAGCGGGCUGGAGGAGGAGGAGGAGGCCGAAGGGCUGUACGAGCCCGAGUCGGGCUGCGUGGAGAUCCCGGGGCUCUCCGAGGAAGAGGAGCCCGUCCCCAACCGCAAGAUCCAGUUCAGCACGGCCCCCAUCCAGGUGUUCAGCACUUACUCCAACGAGGAUUACGACCGCCGGAAUGAGGACGUGGAUCCCAUGGCGGCCUCGGCCGAGUACGAGCUGGAGAAGAGGGUGGAGAGGCUCGACCUCUUCCCCGUGGAGCUGGAGAAAGACUCGGAAGGGCUCGGGAUCAGCAUCAUCGGGAUGGGCGCGGGGGCCGACAUGGGCCUGGAAAAGCUGGGAAUCUUCGUCAAGACCGUGACGGAAGGGGGGGCAGCCCACCGCGACGGCAGGAUCCAGGUGAACGACCUGAUCGUGGAGGUGGACGGCACCAGCCUGGUGGGGGUCACGCAGAGCUUCGCCGCCUCCGUGCUCAGGAACACCAAGGGCCGUGUCCGGUUCCUGAUCGGGCGGGAGAAGCCGGGCGAGCAGAGCGAGGUGGCGCAGCUGAUCCAGCAGACGCUGGAGCAGGAGCGGUGGCAGCGGGAGAUGAUGGAGCAGCGCUACACCCAGUACACCGAGGACGACGAGGAGACCGGGGAGUACGCCACGGACGAGGAGGAGGAGAUGAGCCCCAUGUUCCCCAGCGGGGAGAUGGCCAUCGAGGUGUUCGAGCUGGCCGAGAACGAGGACACGCUGUCCCCCGUGGAGAUGGACCCCGAGAAGCUGGUGCACAAGUUCAAGGAGCUCCAGAUCAAACACGCCGUGACCGAGGCUGAGAUCCAGCAGCUCAAGAGGAAGCUGCAGUGCCUGGAGCAGGAGAAGGCGCGCUGGAGGGCCGAGAAGGCCCAGCUGGAGCAGAGCGUGGAGGAGAACAAGGAGCGCAUGGAGAAGCUGGAGGGGUACUGGAUGGAGGCGCAGAACCUGUGCCAGGCCGUGGACGAGCACCUCAAGGAGACCCAGGCCCAGUACCAGACCCUGGAGCGCAAGUACAGCAAGGCCAAGCGGCUCAUCAAGGAGUACCAGCAGAAGGAGAUCGAGUUCCUGAAGAAGGAGACGGCGCAGCGGCGGGUGCUGGAGGAGUCGGAGCUGGCGCACAAGGAGGAGAUGGAGAAGCUGCAGGAGAAGAUCUCCGAACUGGAGGCCAAGCUGCAGACUUUGAAAAAUUCCAACCCGACCUAAACCACCCUCAAACCGCAGCGAUCCUGGGUGGGGGGGGGGGGGGUCCCCUCUUCCCCCAACCCCGGCCCUGCCCCCUCCCCUUCCCAGCCCUUCCCCGGGGUGGGGGGGGGGGGGAUGUGAGACCCCGCCAAGGCCUCCUGGUGCCCCCCACCCCCCCCACGGGGGCACAGACAGCGGGGGGGUUCGGGGGGGGGACACCCCGCGUUCGUGUCUGUGUCCAGUGUGAGUCUCGUGGUGACGUGAUGGACCGGCGGG